UUUGACUACUUACUACUCAUCUCCUGUGGCCUUCUCAUCCUCUUUCUUUCUCCAUAUUUUAGUACUUCUACUAUUCAAAUCAUGUUCCAACGCUGCUUUUACCUUUCCUCUCCUCAUUUUGUAUUAAUUUGACUUUCUUUAGGGUUUUCUUGUUUCACCCAAUUUAAGCCUCAAUCACAAGAUUUGAUUUUUCACCAUUUGAGUUCAUGUGUAAUAGUCUAAAUCCAAGCUUUAUUUCAAGUUAGUUCAAGAUUAUCAAUUUUGCAGGGAUCAUUGCCACAGGACAUCAUUCUACCUGGUUAGAAUCUAAACACUGUUGUAGGCAAUAUGGGAUGUUUUAUGGUGUUGAAGAGUAAGAAGAAGAAAUCUGAAGAGUUUAUGCAUAUUAGACACGAUAACCCUUGGCAACAUUCACCGACUAUGUUGCCUGAACCUCAAACCCGUACACAUUCUCUGCAAUCUGCACCCCCAAGUUUUAGAACAAGGGUCAAAACUGUUCAUUCAAAAAAUCGGGUAAGUAGUAGUAGGAUACGAGCAUUAUCUGCCCCAUCAAGUCUUCAUGCUGUAGAACAAGAUGCACUCUCAUCCACUGAAUGUGAUUCUUUUUCGUUACGCCCUCAACCUCUUCCUCUUCCAUCAGAACAAGAUGCACUCUCGUCCACUGAAUGUGAUUCUUUUUCGUCAUACCUUCAACCUCUUCCUCUUCCAUCACCACAGAAUACUGCUACUUUGAAGACUGCAUGUAGCUUUAAAAUGAUGAACGCUAGUGGCCCUCUUAAUGCGUCUGGACCACUUCCUCUGCCUCCGACGUUACCUACAAGAGGAGUCCUUAAUUUUUCGUAUGAAGAAAUUGCAUCUGCUUGCCACAACUUCUCUUCCGAGCGAUGUGUUUCUGAAGGGAUCUCUUCAAUGAUAUAUCGAGCUUCAUUUGGGGAUGAUGCUGUUGGUUCAAACAAGCUUGAAGCCACUGUUACCCGCCUUCACCCUUCCACUCAGGGUCUAAAGGAAUUUGUCAACGAGGUGAAUACUCUAGCAUCCUUGCAACAUCCCUCCCUCUGUAAAUUAAUAGGCUUUCAUGCACGUGAGGGAUCAGACCGCAGAAUGUUGGUGUAUGAGAGGCUAUAUCAUGGAAGUUUAGACAGGCUUUUGUAUGGAAGAUCAAAUGGGCCACCUAUUGACUGGAAUGGCAGAAUGAAAGUUGCUUUAUGUGCUGCUCAAGGUCUUACAUUCCUGCAUGAAGAAGGACCUUUCCAAGCAAUGUUCCAUGAAUUUUCAACUGCCAAUAUACAGAUCGAUAAGGAUUUUAGUGCCAAGCUUUCUGGAUAUGGUGGCAUUAGCCACAUACCAGAGACUGAUAUAUCCAACACUUCAUUUGUAAGUGUAAUUCUCGUGUGGCAAACGAGCCUUUUGCUUCUAAUGCUUGUAUAG